ACAGGUCAGAAGGAAGGGGUAUGCUUUUGACAAGAAGUGUCAUCUGAUCAUAACAAAAAAAAACUUAAAUAAACAAGGCGUGAGUAACUCAUGUUCGAAUAAAUUUGUGUACCUUAUAAGAGAAUCGAACGAGAGAUGAGCUCUUACAGUGAUAGUGAAUUGCGAAUGAAGCGUAGGAUGAAGGCCAAAGACAAAAUAGUGAGGAAAGACUUUCUGCAGGCACUGAAGAACUUCAAGACGUCCAGAGAGGAAGAGCAAUUGCUGCUUUCCGUCAAAGUUAACAACUCGGAUCUUCUGCAGAGAUUGCUCGAGGAUGGAACUUCUGCAAACACCAGAGACAACAUUGGGAGAUGUGCACUGCACCUGGCUGCCAGCCGUGGUUAUAAGGAUAUAGUUAGGAUUCUGCUCUGUCAUGGGGCUGAUCCCAAUGUUCAGGACAUGAUACUUAAUACUCCCUUACAUUUAGCAGCUUGCAAUAGCAACUUGGAGGUGGUCACCUUGCUCAUUGAUGGUGGAGCUGACAUCAGAAUGUUGGAUAUCAAUGGACGAAAUCCAUUGCAGAUAGCUGAGAGCAAGUUGCAUAUAUUAAUGAAAGGCUGGCAGAGUGGUGCGGUGGAAACCAAAAAGAUUCACAUGCAAGUGCAAGAAAUUAUUGAAGUGAUGUUAUCACUGUGGAGGAAUAAGACUAGAACGAAUUGGGGACACCAUAGGGACAAUGUGGAUGACUUGGAGUUCAUGAAGCUCUCACUGAGAUCGAACCCGGAGCCGGAGAUCGACGAUCAGAUGUCGAAGCUGCUUUCUGAGCUGAAGGAGUUCUCAAUAAAAUAGUACUUUAACAGGUUUGAUGUCGACGCCAAAUUUACCAAAAGCAAUUCUGAUGUCUCCUGAAAUGAGCGAGACCACUGAUGAUUCAUUGCUGAAAUCCAAAAAUCAAGUGAUGGUCUCCUUAACCGAAAUGCUCAGAGACCAAGUCUCGUACACACUCAAGGAUGUCCACCAAAGUCGCAUAAAAAACUUGCGGAAAGAACUGGAAUAUUUGAAGGAAACGGAGUGGAAGUACGAUCCUAUCGAGAAAUUCAUUGGACAAAGCUAUUAAUCUACUUGUUACAAAUAAUUAAUAAUGAUGUUUGCAUUGUCGGUGAUUUUAGCUAUAAUAAAAUAAUUACAUAUUA